AUGGACCAGGACCCAUUUCCUCUGAGCAAGCUUUUGGCCUCAUAUGCUCUCUCGGCCAUUGAUCAAGCCUUCUCCAUUUUCUCUUGCAUCCGAAACCCGAACCUCUUUAUGUGGAACACAAUGCUCAGAGGGAUUUCUGUCUCCGAAACACCAGAGAAAUCCCUCUCUCUCUUCAAUUCAAUGCGCGCUCAAGGGAUCUUACUAGACCAAUUCACAAUCAUAUGCAUCCUGAAGUCUUGUGCCAAAAAGGCCAAUUUAGAAACAGGCCAGUGCAUCCAUGGGCUUCUCUUCAAAACUGGUUUUGGUAAUUUUAUAAACCCGAUAAAUGCACUCAUUCACAUGUAUGCUGCUGGUAAGAGAGUCGAUGAUGCACAUCAAGUGUUCAAUGAAAUGAUUUUGCGAGAUGCUAUCUCUUGGAACUCUUUGUUGGGUGGUUAUGUCAAGGCUUCUCGCUUUGAAGAGGCACUCUCUGUGUUUAGAGAGAUGUCUAUGAGCAAAGAAAUGGUGUGUUUUUUGACAAUGGUGAUCCUACUCUCUGGUUUUAGAGAUUUGAAGUCUCUUAAUGGCGGCAAAUCUGCUCAUUCAUGGUGUUUUAAGAGUGGGAUUUGUUUGAAUUUGAAAGUGGGUUCAGCUCUUUUAGAAAUGUAUGGAAAGUGUGGGUUUCUAGAUUCAGCAAAGAAGGUCUUUGACGAAUUUAUAGAACGAGAUGUGGUCUCUUGGAAUAGUAUUAUAAGUGGUUAUGUUAAGGCUGGUCUGUAUAAUGACUCAAUAGCAUUGUUUCAUCAAAUGCUAGCCGAAGGAUUUAGAGCAAAUAAUGUGACCAUGGUAUGUGUGCUUGAGGCUUGUACUUCAUUGGGAGUUCUAACUAAAGGCGAGCUGAUUCAUGACUAUAUAAAAAAGGAAGAGCUUCAUAUAGAUGCAGUUCUUGGCACAGGACUCAUAAAUAUGUACAUAAAGUGUGGGUGUGUGGAUAAGGCGAUUGAAGUUUUCAGUGGGAUGAAAGAGAAAGACGUGAGGGCUUAUAGUGCUCUAAUUAUGGGUCUCGGGGUUCAUGGGAGGAAAGAGGAAGCUCUCGAGCUCUUCUCUUUCAUGGUGGAGCUCGGUGUGAAGCCUAACGAGGUCACAUAUUUGGCGGUCUUGACUGCUUGUAGCCAUGGAGGAUUGGUAGAGGAAGGAAAGAUGUACUUUAAAUCUAUGGUUUGUGAACAUGGCUUGAAGCCAGGGAUUGAGCAUUAUGGAUGUAUGGUUGAUCUUCUUGGGCGUGCAGGACUUUUGGAAGAAGCAAGAGAAAUGGUAGAAAGCAUGCCAAUGGAGUAUGAUGGGGCCACAUUGAGGGCCUUGCUAAAUGGCUGCAGGAUUCAUGGGAAUGUUGAAUUGGGGGAGUUAGUCAGGGAAAAGGUGUUGAAAGUAGAACCUCAAAGGCAUCCAGGUGAUGCGAUACUUGUGUCAAGUUUGUAUGCAUCAAAGGGGCAAUGGAGUGAGGUGGAGAGGGUGAGAUCUUCAGUGGAAGAGAAGGGGGUGAAGGAAGUUGGGUGGAGCUCUAUUGUGAAUUGA